UCAGCCCUCAAGUCCCCGCUGUCUGUAUCGAUGAAGUUGUUUCAAAGAUGGCGGAUUUCCUGCCGUCCCGCUCCGUUUUAUCUGUAUGUUUCCCUAACUGUCUCCUCACAAGCGGAGAGGCAGAACAAUUGCGGAAAUCUAAAGAGAUAGAUAAGUGUAUUAAUCGAGAUAAGACUUACGUAAAAAGGUUAGUAAAGAUACUAUUACUUGGAGCAGGCGAAAGCGGCAAGUCCACUUUCCUCAAGCAGAUGCGCAUUAUCCAUGGGCAGGACUUCGAUCAGAAGGCCAAAGAAGAAUUCAGAGCUACGAUUUUUAGUAAUGUUAUAAAAGGUAUCCGAGUGUUGGUGGAUGCUCGUGAGAAACUACACAUCCCAUGGGGCAACCUUUCCAAUCAGCGGCACGGAGACACCAUGAUGGCAUUUGACACCCGGUCAGCGAUGGCGCAUGGUCACGGCAUGGUGGAGGCCAAAGUUUUUCAGCACUACCUGCCAUCCAUCUGCGCCCUGUGGGCCGACCAGGGCAUCCAGAACGCCUAUGACCGCCGCAGGGAGUUCCAGCUGGGGGAGUCGGUUAAGUAUUUCCUGGACAAUUUGGAAAAGCUUGGACAGUCGGACUACCUCCCCAGCCAACAGGACAUCCUCCUGGCCAGAAAACCGACUAAGGGCAUCCACGAGUAUGACUUUGAGAUUAAGAAUGUGCCCUUUAAGAUGGUGGAUGUGGGUGGUCAGCGCUCUGAGAGGCGGCGCUGGUUCGAAUGCUUCGACUCUGUCACUUCCAUCCUCUUCCUUGUCUCCUCCUCUGAAUACGACCAGGUGCUGAUGGAGGACCGGCAGACCAACCGGCUUAGUGAGUCCCUCAACAUCUUUGAGACCAUCGUCAACAACCGGGUCUUCAGCAACGUCUCCAUUAUCCUGUUCCUGAACAAGACGGACCUGCUGGAGGAGAAGGUGAAGCAGGUGUCCAUCAAAGACUACUUCCCCGAGUUCUCGGGCGACCCCACAAGCCUGGCGGACGUCCAGCGCUUCCUGGUGGAGUGCUUUCGCAAAAAGCGCCGUGAGCAGCAGCAGAAACCGCUGUACCACCACUUCACCACGGCCAUCAACACUGAGAAUAUCCGGCUGGUGUUCCGCGACGUCAAGGACACCAUCCUCCACGACAACCUCAAGCAGCUGAUGCUGCAGUGAGGGGACUGGCUGGAGAGGAGGAGGAGGAGGGAUGGGUGGAGGCAGAUGGAAAGUGGCUGUCAAGGUGCCUUUUUCCUUACCCUCCCCGCCACCGCCAGCCCGUCAGGGGAGCAGGCAGUGACACUUUUGAACUUUGACUGUGUAUUAAAGCCAGCACUACUACCAGCCCCCCCCCCACGCUUGCUCUCUGCCUUAAUGAGCUUGUUCACUGUGACUUAUAAUAGCUGCCUGUGGCUCAGAGCCCCCACCCCUUCAGACCACUGUAAAUGACCCCAACCCCCACUCUCUGCCCCCCAUCCACAUUCUGUGGUGCCCCCCUCGACAUCCUUUAUUGUGUAUCUUCCCUAUGUGUUGCUCUUCACAUUCACACACUGUCCUUUUCUCUAUGCUGCUCUGACCACUAUUGAUAGGGAUGGGGAGGAGGAGGGGCUUGUUUUAAAUUGGUUUAACUGACUAGCUGUGAAAGCCACCUGCAGGCGCCAGCGAGAUCAGGAGCUCAGCGACUGUUGCCAGGUGUUUGGGGGUGUGGCUGGUGAGGAAGCACACAAACAAAUAGACCACUUGUAAAAUAAAAGACUGUGCGACCAGGCGAGUGCAGGGCUGAAAGCGACAUGUCGUAUUUUGCUUUUUCUCAGGGCACAUUGUGAACCACUUCUCUGACCUGUUGCCUCUGCCCUUCAACAAGUCACAUGACAGAUGAUAGUGGGUCUUUUCUCUCUGUGUGUCAUCAGAACUAAAGCAGAGCUCUGGCUGUCUUCAACCUGGAGCACAUUUUACCCUCAGGGUCUUCAUGACCACAUUUUCUCCUGGUAUUAACUUGUGAUUUGUAUGUAGCUGUAUGAUGUCAUCUGACCCACACACCUUUGCAUUUACACUUGCUAUUAAUAAGUUAUGUUGUUAUCUCAAUUCUUUUGAGUAAUUUUUUUCAAGCAGAAAUACAAAUAUGAUGUUUUUUCAGAUGUGGGAAUUGGUUGUUUCCUUGACUUACACUUUAGUAAAUUGAAUAAUUUGCAGUCCUAAUUGAAUCUAGAACACGCAGCAUCCACAUAACUUGGAACCAAAGACCUGCUGGGUCAGAGCAUCUAGGAGCCCAAAACAAACAUCCUGGACCGUAUCCAGAUAUGGCCAGCACAUCUGGUAGCAUGUUCUCUAUCUGCAUUUCCAACUGGGUUAAUUAGUUUGUCCAUAUUCAGAUACAAAUCACAUGGUAAUAUCAGGGUCACUGUGUCUGUGGUGUGCUUCCAUUUCUAUCCUGCUUGCCUUGCUACUGCUGCUCUGUUUUACAGUCUGGCUGGUGGACACACACACAUCAACCCCACAAUCAUCUGUAAUGAGAACAUAAACAUGAACCUGAAUGCUUUGGCAGCAGCUGCUUGUCUGUCAAUGGUAUGAAUGAAUAGUAAGCGGUGUGGUCAUAGUGAAGUGAAACCGAGCAGAUGUCCCGUGUGUCAGCUGUAGUGCAGAGCAGCACUGAGGCAAGCAACACGUCAAACUGUUGAAUCUAUCACUGUAAAAAUAUGAUUGUCACACAGUGAUGUCAGAUGUGUGUCAGAAGGAUCAUUUAGUUUGAAUAUUGGAACCGUAGUGAUGCUGUGGCGAUUAAAGAGAUAGUUUGGGUUAUUUGAUGUGGAGUU